AUGUGCCACACCAGCUGCUCCGUGGGCUGCCAGGCUUCCUGCGGCUCCUCCGGCCCCUGCCAGGCGUCCUGCUGUGUGCCCUUGAGCUGCAAGCCCGUGUGCGUGCCCGUGAGCUGCAGACUCGCCGUGUGCGUGCCCGUGAGCUGCAGGCCCGCGUGUGUGCCCUCCUGCCAGUCCUCCGUGUGUGUGCCCGUGAGCUGCAGACCCGAGUGUGUGCCCUCCUGCCGGCCCUCCUGCCCCACCCUGGUCUUCAGACCCGUGUGCUGUAGCUCCCCGUGCUGCUUCUGACCAGGGGUCUCCUAACACCUGCUCCGGGGGCAGAGGGGGCCCCACCCGUGCCCCUCCGGUGAGGACCAAGUCUUCGCCGGGCCUCCGGUUCUGCGUGUGGCAGGUCAAACAUUCCCGAUGAAUCGUCUGAACCCUGGGGCGAGGACGGAGCAGGACGAGCCGGAUCCCCCUGUGACCCUGCGUGU